AUGAGCAGUGGCUAUGGCACCGUUUCUGCCUCGGAACAGAGCCCCCCCAAAUCCCACGGGGGUAGCAAGAGCCCAGCCUGCGCCGAGGAGACUUCCCCAGGGCAGGGUGGUGCAGCCCUAGCCAGUGUUCAAAAUAAACCAGGACUUCUGCCCCCCAAAACAGAGGAGAAUUUUUCAUCUGGAAUGAACGAUGUUUUAGUUUUGCCUGCUGAAUCGGAACGAAAAGUCAAUGAAGCUCAGUGUGGAACAAAGCCUGGUAAAUCUUUAACAUCAUGGGCACAAAAAUUGAAACAAAACCAACCCAAAAGAAUAAAUGCUGAAGAAGUAUGUGUGAACUCUAUGCAAGAAAAUGAGCAAGCAAAGAAACUACCACUUGAGAAUACAAACCUUACUGAUGCUGCUUUGCCACCUUACACUUUUUACCUCAACCAACCAAAUAAAAGUCCGAAUUCCCUAGUGUCUGAAGCUUCAGGGCUUUCAUAUUGGAAAUUAGAUGAAAAGGAGAUGUAUCACUCUUUACCAGAGAAUUUCAGAAAUGAGUUCGCUGAUAUUUUCUCCACAAAGGUCUCACCAGAUCAGGUAAAUUUUUCUUCUCCUGAUGAAACGAAGCUAUCUUCAUUGAAGGAUAUUUAUCACAAGAGACAAAAGGAGAACAAGCAGCUGCCAGACCAGAAUUUUAUGCCACCUUCCCAGUCAAGUCACCCACCAGAGAUCUUGACGUUGGACCCAACCCUGCAUAUGAAACCAACUCAGCAGAACCCAGGACGCCGUUUUUUCAGUAUUCCUGAAGACACUACUCCUUUUUCUCCAGACUCUAUGGCAGAACCUGGAUUUUCAAGUCAUUGUGACACAGACUCUUUUUCACAGACAAGCAAUUCAUCUCAGUUAGAUGAUUCUCCAAAAUACCCUCCUAGCAGCAGAGCUGUGCACCUGGACAGCUGGAGAAGUCACCCAUUCCAAAAGGAAAACAAGAGCAGCUGUCCCUUCCCAAUGGCAUAUGUGGAUGCUGUUAGUGAUACUUCAGUCAACACUGAGGAGGAAGAAACCCUGACUCUAACUCCAUCUUCUGUUACUCAGUGUGCUGACAACAGUUUGCCAGAAUAUAGCCUUUCAGUGGCAUCUGUUGAAGAUCCUGUGGUAAUGUCAAAGAUUAGACAGAACUUGAGGGAAAAACAUGCUCGACAUAUAGCUGACCUACGAGCUUACUAUGACUCUGAGAUACAGAGCUUAAAACAGCAGCUGGAGGCAAGCCAGAGAACUGCUUCAUCUGAAGACUUGAAGAAAAUCAAUCAAAAUCUCGCUGACAGAUGUGACCAGUUGGAUGCAGCUCUGAAUGAAGCAAGUGCUCGCAUAAAAGCCCUUGAAAAUAAGAAUAAUGUGCUAGAAAAGCAAGUGGCAGAUUGGAGAGAACGUUUUUAUGCAGCCAGUAACACUUCCAAAGUUCUGCAAGAGCGUAUUGAAGAAAUGCGCACGAGUAAUAAAGAUAAGGAUAACACCAUCAGCCGACUGAAAUCAAGGCUUAAAGAUCUAGAGGAAGCAUUUGAAAAGGCCUACAAGUUAUCUGAUAAUAAAAAUACAAGGCUAAAGGAAGAAAAUAAAAUGUUUCAAAAUCUUUUAGGAGAAUACGAGUCCCUUGGGAAAGAACAUGAAAGAGUAAAGGAUACAUUAAAUGCAACUGAAAACAAAUUGCUUGAUGCAAACACGCAGAUUUCUGAUUUGAAAAGGACAAUUUCAAGGCUUGAAGCUCAGCUCAAGCAGGUGGAACAUGAGAAUACGCUGAAACUUCGCCACGUAACCGAGAAUCGGUUCAGAGCCUCUUGUGCCAACAAGUUGGCAACUCCUGAUGUCAGCAGACGAAAGUGGUUGAUACCUGGAGCAGAAUAUUCCAUCUUCACUGGCCAGCCUUUGGAAGCCCAGGAAAGCCCCAAAGAUAACAGAUUAGAAGACACUUAUAUUCCUUCUAGGUACCAUUCUCCUCCUGAAAAAGACUCCUCACAAGAAGACUCUUCAACAAACACAACAGACAAACAAAAUGAGAUGUCAGAGGCGCCAAUUAUAAAAGCCUUUAAAGAACUUGAAGAAGGAAAAGCAUUUAAAGACUGGGGUACACAGACAGAGAAAGAAGAGCCAUCAGCUAAAACAUCAAAUCGACGUCAGACUGUUGGGUUUGUUGAAGCUUCUUUGGUUGCUAACAGAUCCCCAGAGAAAGGCAAAGAGCAGCACAGACCGAAGCGGUUCAGCUCCCCUUCUGGGCAGAGGUCGUCGUCCCUCCCUCCAGCCAACAGGAAACCCAGCACUCCAACAAGUAGAGAGAUAAUGUUGGCACCAGUGUCUGUGACAUACAGCCCAAAACGAUCUCCAAAAGAAAACCUCUCUCCUGGAUUCAGCCAUUUGCUUAGCAAGACUGAAAACACAGUGACAAGAUUUGAUAUACUUCUCGAUGACCUAGAAAAUGGUCCUACAUCUACUCUACACCACAGUAAUCCAAGAAAAAGGCUCCAGUUUCUCUCACUAGAUGAUGCAGAAGGGAGGCAGCAUUCAGGUGUCAGACAUGGCUCAUGUGCUGAACCCAUCAAUCCUGGAAUGAAGAAAGCAGCAGCUUGGGACGAGAGGAGCGCAGCUCCAAAAUACGAGCCAGCGCUGUCGCCUUGUGAGGGGGACUUCAAAUACACAGCAAGGAUUAAGACUCUGGCUGAAACAGAGAGGCUCUUUGAUGAGCUGACUCAAGAAAAACUACAGAUUGAGGCUGCAUUGAGUCGAAUACCUUCUUCUGGGGGGAGAAUGACCUUGCAAGCAAGAUUAAAUCAGGAAGCCCUGGAAGAUCGCUUGGAAAGGAUUAACAGAGAUCUGGGGUCCAUCCGCAUGACUCUGAAAAGAUUCCAUGUUUUACGUACCUCUGCAAAUCUCUGACAAUUCUCCCUUGAAUGCAAAUAUGCUUUUUUUUUUGUUUGCACUAAUAUGUAAUUAUGCACUCAGUAAAUGCAAAUUGUUUUGUAUUUUUAUAAACCCUCAACAGUAGUUUUACAACCAUGUUACCCUUUACAAACAGCAAUAUUUUGUACUUCGAACAGCCACCUAUAUUUUAAACAUAUUUUUGUUACACCUGAGAAAUCAAUGUUUAUCCUGUAUUGUAAUAUUUUUAGAAAUAGUAAUUAUUUUUAAAUAGUGAUAUUCAAUUUAUAAUAAGAAUAAGAAACUAAAAGGCAGCUUGUUUUCAGAAAAUGAUGG